AUGUUAUCCAAUAAACGUCUGGUGGCUUCAUGUGCAUUAGUUUUAUGUCUGAAUAUUACCUUGUUAGUACUCUUUGCAAAGUACAAUGUUGGAGACAAAUGCUACAUAACAAUAAACGAGCAUCAGAAAGUGCUAGCGGUGUUGCCUGACAAUUUUUUAAGUUUUGGCAUUGAUGCAUCUGAAAUACAGGAUUAUGAUAAAGUUGAUUUUACAAGUAUUCGAUUAAGAGAACUAGCUUCAGCUCUUGGCCCGGCAAGAUUACGUUUGGGAGGUACAAUGUCUGAUAGAUUAAUUUUCAGUGCUGAAGACAUACCUUCAGUCUCAUGUGAUCACUGUCUGGUAUCAAGUCACAAUGAAACUGCCUGUUCUGCUCUUAAAAAAUUAUGUAAGAAUAAGUUUUUGCCAUUCUUUCUAAUGACGGGCCGUAAAUGGACAGAAAUAAAUGAAUUUUGUCAGGCAACUAACACAAAGUUAUUAUUUACAUUAAAUUUACUGCUUCGUGAUAGUCAUGAAUGGAAUUCUCAAAAUGCUGUUGAAUUGAUUAAAUAUUCCAAACAAAAGAAGUUUGAUAUUGACUGGCAACUUGGAAAUGAGCCUAACUCCUUCAGACAUGUAUUCAAUAUGACUGUUACUCCGCAAGCAUUAGCCCAUGACUUCAAAAAACUUCGCAAUCUCCUAAAUCAUCAUGGAUAUAAAAAAUCACUACUAGUAGGGCCUGACACCACUAGGCCCCAAGAACAUCAACCAAACUGUCUGAAAUAUAUGGUGGAAUUCCUAGGCAAUGGUUCACAUUUUGUAAAUGCUAGGUCAUGGCAUCAGUAUUACCUGAAUAGUAGAACUGCUAAGUUGCAAGAUUUCUGGAAUCCUGAAACUUUUGACUUGCUUAAAGAACAAAUCGAAACUAUGCAAAAUCACACCAAGAAAUACCACAACUUACCCAUGUGGCUCAGUGAAACUAGUACUUCUUAUGGUGGUGGAGCUCCUGGUUUGUCUAACACAUAUGCUGGUACUCCUCUAUGGGUAGAUAAGCUAGGCCUGUCUGCUAAAUAUAACAUUUCCACUGUUAUAAGGCAAAGCUUUUAUGGAGGAAACUAUAGUCUUGUAAGUGAAGAGCUCGAACCUCAUCCUGAUUGGUGGGUGAGUGUGUUAUAUAAGAAAUUAGUGGGCAAUAAAGUUCUUCAUUUGACAUGUAAGUGUUCACCUCAUCAGAGAGUUUAUGUUCAUUGUGCUAACAAGAAUUAUACAAAUGAUACCAGUGCUAUAACAGUUUAUGCCAUUAAUUUAGAAAUGGAAAAAGUCCAAUUUUUACUCAAUGGUACUGCCUUACAUGGUGAUAAUAUAAUUAUUGACGAAUUCAUAAUAAGUGCUCCUUCAAAUAAUAGGCGAACCAAAACCAUACUUUUAAAUGGCUGGCCUUUGCAUUAUGAGUCCGCUAGUCUUGACCUACAACCCAAUCACAAGAAAUAUAAUACCCGUAUAUCCAUGCCUCCAUAUUCCAUAGGAUUUUGGGUGAUUAAAAAUACUUCAAUUAAAAUAUGUAAAUGA